AUGUCUUCCAUAAGUUCUCAAAGCAACUUUAUCCAGAAGCAUAAAGAGCUCUCGCUUUUUACAAGAGACCGCAUUAUUGGCCAGCAUGAAAGCAACAGAAAUGCCCAAAAGAUUGACGACUUUCUUGGCAUAGACUUGAUGCGCCUUAUAGGAUGUAACAUUGGUCCACAAGUGCAUCGAUUGAUGACGACUAGCCAUUACGACACUGAUUCACCUUUUGUCAACCCCUUGAAAUUGACUAACAGUUCCAUAUAUGAUAUAGUUGUUAACUUGGUUAAAUCACAUCUUGUGCCAACUUCAUUCUCUGGAAGCUUACAGAAUUUUGCUUUCAAGGCCGGAUAUAACAGAGCUGUAGAUUGGAUCCAUUUUAUGAAGUACACUAUGUCAGCAACAAUGUUGCACCAUUUUGAAAACGACGCCAAAAAUGCUCUUAUAGCCAUGUCACAAAUAUGCAACAUUGUGACCCAAAGAGAGAUUGAUGAAGCUGAUCUUAUGCUUUUAAAAAGAUACAUCAACAAAUGGUCAGCAUGGCUUGCCUCUUCCGUCAAGGAUAAAAAGUUGGCUCCCUGGGUGUUUGGCAUUUGUCAACAGAUGUUGACACACCUAGCGCGUACAAUUGAAUGUCUUGGUCCAAUGCCAUCCUACAGUGCUUUCAAUAUGGAAACGACGAUUGGCCAAUUCAAGAAAGCUAUAAAAUCAAGAAAAGAUCCUGGUACCAAUGCCGGAAAUGUUCUAGUAGUAUCAGCAGCCGAACAUGAUCGAGAACGUACACAAUGUACUACAGAGCCUCUGCGAUUGAACAGUCAUGUCCUUUCUGUAGAUACCGUUGAUGAAUUGGACUACGAAGUAUGGGGUCCUUUCAAAACCCUUUGCAACAGCACAGCCAGCACUACCAAUCAGACAACAACUUGGCGAAUAUAAACUGGAUACGCCUUCUACAGGACUUCUCUAGGCAUGAAAGCAUCAGUCCAGAUGGUCUAAGCAUGCAAACAACGUCACA